UUUUCCCGGAAGUUCCUGUUUGCGUUUGCGAAACGGAAAACGAGUUCCCGUAGUUCCAUGGCCACUUCCCAGCUCCGCCGAGAUCUCCGAGAUCGUUUGUCGAAGGACCUCCCAAUCGCCUCAAGCUCCUCCAAAAUGGAAGAAGAGAAGCUCUGCAUCGAUAGCGGAGUGGCGCCGGUGAGAAAGAGAAGCUCUUGUUGCCGGGAGAUGCUUCUAUUGGAAUUCCCUGAUAAGUUUGUCAUCAGAUCGACCGAUCUCGAGUCCCCCGACCUCGCCUUCUCCGUUGGCCGAUCUGAUGGCUUCUUGCACCCCCUCUCUAUUGAGGAUUCGAGCUGUGCAAAUCCUAGUAAAGUCAUGACUAUUUAUGGAGUGGUUGGGACUAUACGAUUACUUGCAGGAAUUUACGUGCUUGUUAUCACGGCUCGGGAGGAAAUGGGCACUUAUCAUGGUUUCUCUGUUUUUCGUGUGAAGUCUCUUAAAUUUAUUUGCUGCAAUGAGGCCUUAAGGCAUUCAACCUCACAAGAAAAGAGGGAUGAGGCUUACUUCAUGACUCUUUUGAGAACUAUUGAAUCGACCACUGGAUUAUAUUACUCCUAUGAAAUGGAUCUGACAUUGAAUUUACAAAGGACAUGCAAGUUAGCUGAGGAAAGGGUUUACAAGCCUCUUUGGAAACAGGCUGACCCUCGCUUUGUGUGGAACCGGAACUUAUUGGAAGAGCUUAUUGAAGCCAAGCUUGAUUCCUUCAUCAUCCCCAUGAUUCAAGGAAGCUUUCAGAUUGCGGAAUUCACCAUUAAAAAUUUGUCUGCUAAAAUUACAUUGCUAUCCAGAAGAUGCAACCGGCGUCUAGGUACCAGAAUGUGGAGAAGAGGAGCCAAUCUUGAAGGCGACACGGCUAAUUUUCUAGAGACUGAACAGCUGCUGGAGUUUGAGGGCUUUAAAUCUUCGUUUUUACAGGUUCGAGGUUCUAUUCCCCUUCUCUGGGAACAAAUUGUAGACCUGAGUUACAAACCGCAACUUAACAUAAUAAGCCAUGAAGAGACGCCAAAGGUUGUCGAGCGCCAUUUUCAUGAUCUUGAACAAAGAUACGGAGAGAUAGUGGCUGUUGACUUAACUGAUAAACAUGAUGAUGAAGGCCAGCUAAGCAGUGCCUUCGCUGCUGAAAUGGAUAAACUUCCACAUGUGAGAUAUGUUUCUUUCGACUUCCAUCACUUCUGUGGCAAGGGCAACUUUGAUAAUCUGCAACUCCUCUAUGAUCAAAUCUUCGAAGAUGUUGAAAAACAAGGAUAUUUUCUAAUCAACUCCGAAGGAGCAAUACUUCAAGAGCAAAGUGGAGUAGUCAGAGCUAAUUGCAUUGAUUGCCUGGACCGUACUAAUGUUACUCAGAGCUAUUUGGCAAGGAAAUCAUUGAAUUCACAACUGCAAAAAAUGGGGGCUUUUUCUUCAAAUGAAUGCAUUUCCAUGCAUCCCGAAAAUUUUGAAAUUUACAAUAUAUUAUGGGUCACACAUGGAGAUGAGGUAAGCUUGCAGUAUUCUGGAACUCAUGCUCUAAAGGGGGACCUAGUCAGAUAUGGAAGACAGACCUUUUCCGGAUUGAUCAAGGAUGGGAUGAGUGCUCUUUCUCGAUAUUACUUGAACAACUUCCACGAUGGAAUUCGUCAAGAUGCAUUAGAUCUCAUCAGUGGCCAUUAUAACAUCAACAAAGACGCACCGUCUCCGUUCCAGUUGAAUGGAUUCGAAUCAUUAUCAUAUCUCCCAGUAGCCUCAGUUCUGAUCGUCGGAGGCCUUACAGUAACUACAUUCACGCUUAAUCAAGCCGGCCGGAAUGCGCAUCACUUCUUUUCUACUGUACUUUGGGCUGGUUUGACUGCUGGUGUGAUGGCUGUAGUGAAAGCUAAUGGAAAACAGUUUUGUUCCAGGCCUCGUCUUUGUGGUCUCUUGUAAAAUAUACUCAUAUUAUUGUACUUUGUAAUCUUAUUUUCUCUACAUUAAAUUAAACUGUAACUCAAUUAUUAUUUCAUAAUCAGAUUAUAAAUCCUUGUAUUUA